AUGCCUGUCCUGGUGAAGGCUGGUGCUCACUUUGUGGACAUUCAACACUCAGAAUUGUUACGAUGUGUAGACAGUCCUACCAACAGCCUGGCCAUUCAGUUCCCUGAACGCUCCUCGUCCUCUGAGGAUCUUGAACUCCGCUCUCCUUCAGCCAGUCACUCCUGCAAUCACCAAGUAGACCUGCACCACGAGUGCAGACUUUUGGAAAAGAUAAAGCUUUGCCUUUCAAAGAAACCGCUGCCAUCUCCCACUGACCAAAAGAAGUUUCACCACGAUUUUGCCAUCUCUACUUCCUUUCAUGGGGUACAUAAUGUUGUACGGAACCGGAGCAAAAUUCGCAAGGCGAUCUGGUUGAUGGUGGUCCUGGGCUCGGUCUUACUCGUGGUGUGGCAGAUCUACAGUCGCUUGGUCAACUACUUCACGUGGCCAACCACGACAUCUAUAGAAGUUCAGUAUGUGGAAAAGAUAGAGUUCCCGGCUGUGACAUUUUGUAAUCUGAACAGGUUCCAAACAGAGGCUGCAGCCAAAUUUGGUGUUAUUUUUUUCUUAUGGAAUGUUGUAUCCAAAGUCCUCCAUCUUCAGGAAAUCAAUGCCAAUUCCACCGGUUCUAAAGAGGCUAUCGAUUUUCUUGCAAGUCACCAAAACUUUAGCAUUACAGAGUUCGUCAAGAAACAUGGUUUUUAUCUCAACAACAGCACUUUGUUGGACUGUGACUUUUUUGGAAAGCCAUGUGGCCCACAGGAUUUUGCGCAUAUCUUCACUGAAUAUGGAAAUUGUUUCACUUUUAAUCAUGGUGAAAAUAUACAAGCAAAGAACAAAGUGAGUGUCUCUGGAAGAGGCUUAAACUUGCUCUUCAAUGUCAAUCAGGCGAAAUUCACUGAUGACCCAGCCCUUGGUUUUGUUGAUGCUGGGGUCAUCUUUGUCAUCCAUUCACCAAAGAAGGUGCCACAGUUUGAUGGUUUAGGCUUGUUGUCCCCUGUGGGAAUGCAUGCACGGGUAGCAAUCCGCCAAGUGAAGAGAGUUCAUCAAGAAUACCCUUGGGGAGAAUGCAACCCUAACAUGAAGCUGCAGAAUUUUAGUACCUACAGCACGUCUGGUUGCUUGAAGGAAUGCAAAGCACAGCACAUAGAAAAGCAAUGUGGAUGUUUACCUUUUCUUCUUCCUGGAAAUGGGACAGAGUGUAACCUACAAAAGUUUUACAACUGUGUUUCUCCUACACUUGACCACAUUGAAGUUCAGGGACUGUGUACAAUGGGGACACAUAAUUCUAGCUGCCCUGUUCCCUGUGAAGAGACAGGAUACCCUGCUACUAUUUCUUAUUCCACUUUUCCAAGUCUAAAAUCUUUGAAAUAUCUUUCCAAGAAGUUGAAUCGAAGCCCGAAAUAUAUCAGGGAGAAUCUUGUGAACAUUGAAAUAAACUAUAGUGACUUAAACUAUAAGAUAACCCAGCAGCAAAAAGCAGUGAGUGUGUCUGAAUUACUUGCAGAUGUUGGCGGUCAACUGGGCCUCUUUUGUGGGGCCAGUGUGAUUACAAUUAUAGAAAUUAUUGAAUAUUUAUUCACCAGUUUCUACUGGAUAUGCAUUUUGUUCUUGCUCAAGAUACCUGAAAUGACUCAUGGGGCUCCUCCACCACAGAAUCAGCUGAGGGAUGAAAAUGGUGUUGAGGAAUGCUGAUGCUCCCCGAGGACAAAAGUCUGCGCUUUCCUCUCCACAAUACCUUCAGAUUUAUUCCUGACUAACUCAUUGUUAUGUAACAUUAUGUUAUAGUUUUGGGGACUCAACACAAUCCAUUGUAGAUAUCUAUCUCUUUAUACAUAUCUUUAUCUUUGUCUGCAUUUAUGGAUGUAUAUUCCUUAUUUAUAAAAAGAAACAGGCAUACAUGAAUUCCCAGCACCUAGAACAGUAGACACUGUGUAGUAGGCAUUUCAUAAAUAUCGUUUUAAUGAAUGAAUAUUUGAAUAAUGGAAAAAACAUUCCUUAUGACUAAAUACGUAAAUCAGAUCUGAUAAACAACCUGUAUGUGAGGAGAUGAGAUACUUCAUUUAGGAAAUGAUAUAGGCAAUCUGUACUUUAUAAAAUCUCUGAGAAUUUUUACUUUCACUAAAAUUCAACAUAAUUUUAUAUUCUUUUGCCUGGAGUGUUCUAUUGUGUAAUUGAUUUUUGGAGUGAAAAGCUAUAUAUCUAUUUCCUAUACAAGCAGAUGUUUAAAUCUAUUUGAAAAUAAAGUUAAAUCUGUAGUAUAUUGGAAGUACACAGUGUUUUAUAAUUUUCUCCAAGAACCUAUAUGUAUUUAUUUAUUCUAGAGAGGAAAUUCAAAAGUCGUAGUUUUCUCAUUACCCCUCAGGCAGUCAACAACUUUCAGCCUCUCAAAAUAUUCAAUCAAUGCUGAAUUGUCCAGAAGCCUUAUCAAGCACUGUCAACAAAUCAUCAUCAAGUCAUAGAAUUCUAAACCCAAAUUCAUUCUGUCUAGUAUUGCUGGGUCUCAUUUUCUUUCCAGCCACACAGGAACAAUUUCUGAAAAUCUUAAUAUGUUGUUUUCAAGUUUAAUUGUGUGCUAGUGGUAUGGGAACGAGGCCAGUGCAAUCUGAGAGUACUUACUCACAUUAGGAAUAUGUAUAUCUCAGGACCCAGAAAUCCCAGUUGCGGAUAAAUAGUCCAGAGAAAUUCUCCCACAGAGAUAUGACAUACUAAGAUGUUCAUCUUCUAUGUAUUCAUCAAUGGGGAAGUCACUGUCAGCGGUGUGAGUGCCUGCUAUGGAAGACCAGCAGCAGAGAGACACUAUGGAUUAACCAUGCCCCCAAAAUAUUGCUAAAUCUUAAAAAUAAAGUGAUAGGUAGAAAAAAUGUUUUAAGAAACCCCAUACACACAAUACAGCUAUAACA